AUGUUUACAUUCUAUCCAUUCUCAUAUGUCAAGUGCUCUAAUACAAAUCCCAUUAAUAUAAACGAGUUCAAUAAUAAUACGAGAAAAUGGAUACGAGGAACUGUUUUUCCAUCGAAAUUACGUGAUUUUCAUAAUUGCCCUAUUAAUGCUAUUGUUUGUGCUUAUGGACCGUCAGCACAAGAAACAAUUUUCUUAAAUGGAACGAAAUUAAUUAAUGAAAGUGAUGUUGAAAUUUUCCGGGGAAUUGCGAGUGCCUUGAAUGCUAAAUUAAGCUUAAAAGUCUUAACUGAGCCAGGUGCUUGGGGGCAAGUUUUUGAGAAUGGAACAAUGGCAGGAUCACUUUAUAAAUUUUUACAAUCUGAUGGACGAAAGAGAGAUUUACAGACAAUUGAUGAGCUGAUUGAGAAUGAUUUUAAGUUUGUUAUUGAUCCGACUGUUGAGGAUAUGGUCAAGUAUCAGAAGUUUUAUGGCACAUCUCCUGUCUGGUACAGAAAUGAGACUGACAACUUUAAUGUUAACCUUUUGAAAGCAUUUGAAAGUGCCAUAAAAAUGUGGGAAAAUUCUUCAAUGAGGAUUAUUGGAACUGAAGGAAUUUUUACAGCAAUCGAAAAGUCACUGAACUUUUCCGAAUUUUCCUUUGAACUUCUUACAAAAGAAUUUUUCAAUUCUUCAAGAAUUCUCAGCUCAUCUUAUGUUAAUCUGAUUAUGCUUGAAGACUCUAAGGAUAUUUCAAUAAUUUUCCACAAGAAUAAUUUGCAAUAUUUCCGGCUUGAUGGAUUUUACAUCCUCUUAUCAUUCAAUGCCUGCAAUAAGACAAAUGAAAGUAAAAUUUUUGAAAAAGUUUGGCAACAACAAAUCUACAAUAUUAAUUUAAUUUGUAAAAAUUCCGAUGAGGAAAUUCAAAUGAAAACAUUCGUGCCUUAUCAAUUUGGAAAAUGUGGCAGCACAGACUCAGUCAUUAUUGACAAAUUCAUUAAUUAUUCAUGGAACAAUGAAAACUUUUUCCCACAAAAAUUCACAAAUCUUUUCAAAUGUCAAUUAAAAGUUGCAUCGUUCCUUUAUCCGCCUAUAACAAUGCGAGAGACAUUAGCAGAUGGAAGCUUUCGGUAUUUUGGGAGUGAGAUGGAGAUUGUUAAGGAAUUAUCACAAAUCCUUAAUUUUAACAUAAAUCAUAAUUAUGUCCCAAAAACUGGAUCGUCUGGAUUACUUUUCGAUAAUGGCACCGGGGUUGGAUUAUUAAAGCAAACAUUGGAUGGGGAAAUGGAUAUGCUAAUGGGUUUUUAUUACUUGACGCUUCAAAGAUCAAAAUUUCUGAGUUUUACUCAAUCGCAUUAUAGCAUUCCAUUAGUCAUUAUGAUACCCGGGGGGCAACCAUAUUCAGCAUUCGAAAAACUCUUUCAGCCUUUUCAAUUAAUCCUUUGGUGCUCAUUGCUGUUGACAUUUGCUAUUGAAUUAGUCACAAUAACGAUAAUUAAUUGUCAAAAUGAAAAAAUAAGGAAUUUUGUUUUCGGAAGUAAAAUUAAUACUCCGUACUUGAACUUGUACAACAUUCUUGUUAAUGGAUUUCAGGAUGUUCUACCACAAAGGACAUUUGCAAGAUAUGUUCUUAUGAUUUUUAUGAUUUUUUGCCUAGUCUUGAGGACGACUUAUCAAGGAUCUUUGUAUCAAUUUUUACAGUCUGAUGGAACAAAGCCUAACAUGGAAACUAUUGAUGAACUUAUGAGGCAUCAUUAUUUGUUUUAUAUCCGCGAGACUUUGGAGCAUAACAUCAAAAGUAUGAGUUUUUAUAACCGUCGAAAAGUCGUAAAGUUCAGUGAAUAUCCAGCACUAAUAAAGAAAACGCUUGACCCAAAUUUUAAAGGAGGUAUCAUCAUGCCUUUAUUGGAGGUUAUUCUACCGAAUCAAGAAAACUACAAAAACUUUAUCUUCAGAGUCCUCAAAGAAUACCUGUUUGAUGUCCAAAUUGUUUAUUACUAUCCAAAAAACUUUCAUCUUGUCGAUGUUCUUGAUGAGAAGCUUGAACUUUUGAAAUCUGCUGGGAUCGUUUCGAUGUGGAUGGAUCAUUAUGUGGACAAAAAAUAUGUCAAUAUAAAAACGCCAAGCACUGGACCGAGAAUAAUAAAUGUUAACCAGCUUUUGGGUAGCUUUGAGGUUUGGACGAUUGGAAUGAUAAUAUCAAUUGUACUAUUUGUGAUUGAAGUGGUUUCAAGCCAUAAGAGCAUGAAAUUACUUAGAAAUGUGCUGAAUAAAAUAUAG